AUGGUUGCCUAUGUUACAUUGACCAAGUCCAAGAAUACUGAGAUGGAAUGUGAGAGGUUAAAGCAAGAGUGCGAAUCUCUCAGUGACGAAAACUACAAGCUCAGGGAAGAAAUGCUAGUCCGCUCCCACUACCACUACUCCCCUUCUUCCUCCUACACAGAGUGGAGAUCCGCCAGAGCCACCUACUACGCCGCCGCGGAACCGGGAGACCCGGCUGGUAGGGCUUGUGGUUAUGGGGACCUGGAGAAAAUGGGAUACGGGAAAGCUACAGCUGCACUCAGUACAGUCCUGUAUGAAAAGGGUCAGAUCUGUGGAGCUUGCUUUCAAGUUAUGUGUGUUGAGGACCUGAGAUGGUGUAUUCCUGGGACUUCCAUUAUUGUUACUGCGACUAACUUUUGUGCUCCGAAUUAUAGGUUUGAAGCUGAUGGUGGCGGACAUUGUAAUUUCCCUAAUGCACAUUUUGUACUUCCCAUUGAAGCUUUUGAGAAAAUUGCCACUUGGAAAGCUUCCAAUAUGCCCAUUCAGUAUCGCAGAUAUUGA